GCUUUGCAGAUCAGGUGCAUUUGAGCUUCUUACUGUUUCUCCAUCGGCUAGCAGAAGAAGCCAGGACAAAUGCUUUUGAGAACAAAAGUAAAAUAAUUAAACCCGACCACAUCAUAUCUGCAGCAAAGGUUAUUUUAAAGAAAAGCAGAGGCUAG